AUCACGACAACAUGUUUUGUUAAUACACAAACACGCACGUGUGCGGCGUAAGAUUUGCUUUUCAUUGUUUACCAAAAAUCAACGAUGGGAAAGUCAAAGAAAGAGAAAAGAGAAUCACAAAACCUUGAUGACACACAGAACAGUCAAGAUUCGAAAGAAGUUUGGGAGCAAAAGCUUAAAAACAUGAAUGCUAUAUCCAAGCCACUUGCGUCGCGAAAAUUGACGAAAAAGUUGUGCAAAGCUAUCAAAAAAGCGAAUGGAUUGAAGCAAACAGUAAAAGGCAUUAGAGAAGUUCAGAAGGCAGUGAGGAAAGGUGGAAAAGGACUGGUGGUGUUUGCGGGGGAUAUCAGUCCCAUAGACGUGUACUGCCAUAUGCCAGUAACCUGCGAGGAAGCCGGUCUUCCCUACUGCUAUGUUCCCUCAAAGGAGGUAAGACGGUGCUUUAUUGGUCUUCCCUACUGCUAUGUUCCCUCAAAGGAGGAUAUUGGGUCUGCGCUAGGCAAGACCUGCUGUAUCAUUGUGAUGGUGAAGAGACACGAUGACUAUGCAGACCUGUACGACGAAUUGGCCACAGCUGUCUCAGAUCUGCCCAUGCCACUCUGAGGAAACAGAUUGAUACAUGUGAUUAAAUGGGUUGUGCACUGGGAAAACAGGGCUAAAUGCAUGUGGGUACAGUUGUGUCCGAGAGCACAGGUUAAUUUGGGACAAAAUUUUUCAAGUAAACUGGCUUUUCGGUUAGCAGAGUAGUCAUUGAAAUGAAAAAUACCAUUUAAGUCAAAAGUGUUGUUCCUGAUUAGCCUGUGCUGAUUGUGCAGGCUAAUACGGACGAUUUUUUACACACAUGCAUUAAGCAAAGUUUUCCAGGCUCAAAUGUUAUGAAUAUGCAAGAUCAAGUUAGUUUUGGUGGCUCUGCCGAAAUUGGCAAAAGCUGGAGAUUUAAGUUAAUUGCAUUUGAUAAUGCAAUUAUGAAACAGAUGUUUUUUUUACCCCUUUCAAUAAACAUUUUGUGUGUUAUCAGGCACAGAAUACAGGGAUAUAAAAACUCAUUUGAGUUCAUGUCAAUGUUAUUGUUAGCACCAUGUUUGAAAGAAAGCAAAUAUUUUCUAUUCACCUAGCCAUUUAUAAAGUGAUAAUGGACAGAGGGCACUCAAGUAAGAAGUUGACUUGAAAUUGUUUGCUAUAUUGAUAUGCUUUGUGUUCAUGUAUGCAUUUUACUGUUUCACCUUGUGGGUUUAUUAUAAAAAUACCUACAUGCAUAAUUCAUCUGAAUUUCAUUAAAUCAGAUCUUAUGUCCUAUCAUUUCACUAAUGCAAACAUUUCAUCAUCUUACAAUGGAGUCAUUGUUUGUUAAUGAUUAAUAUUAAAAUAUAAUAUAAACUAA